GAAUCCUCUGCUGUUUCCUGACUUGAUCUUCUAUUUGACUAAGACUGGUCGCCGAUUCAACAAAAACUGUAAAUUUGUACAUAAAGUGGCUGAAGAUGUGAUAGACCAACGCAAGCAGACUCUGGAAGCUGGAGGUGUUCCAGAAAAGAAGUACAAAGAUUUCCUGGACAUUCUACUGAUGGAGCGGGAUGAGAAUGGGAAGGGACUCACCAGGGAGGAGAUCCGAAAUGAGGUCGACACAUUCUUAUUUGAAGGUCACGAUACGACAGCCAGUGCCAUCUCAUGGAUCCUUUAUGCUCUAGCGACACACCCAGAACACCAGACCAAGGUCCAGGAGGAGAUUGACCGCGUCCUGGAGGGCAGAGAUUCUGACCGGCUCCAGUGGGAGGACAUGCCAAAGUUGGAGUACCUGACGAUGUGUAUCAAGGAGGGGAUGAGGUUGUACAGUCCUGUGCCAUUUAUACAGCGACAGAGCACAAAGGAGUUUACCAUUGAUGGCAAGACCUUUCCCCCGGAAACCUUUAUGUCAAUUGGUAUAUACUCUGUACAUCACAACCCAAAAGUGUGGGAAGACUCGUUCAAGUUUAUACCCCAGAGAUUCUCAAAGGAAAACGCAGCCAAAAUUGACUCCUUUUCUUUCAUUCCUUUCUCCGCUGGACCUAGGAACUGCAUUGGACAGAAUUUUGCCAUGAAUGAGGAGAAAGUUGUAAUAGCUAGGAUCCUGCAUAAAUAUAGACUAGAACUUGAUCCAAAGGUUGAGGUGAAGCUGAAGGCUGCAGCAGUCAUGAGGUCAUUAAAUGGUGUCUACCUCUUCAACAAACGUCGACACUAAUUGGACAACUGACUAACGUAUUAAAGAGACUCAUUCCGAUCAUUUGUGAUAUAGUUUGAUAUAGAAAGCUCAGUCAAAUUCUACUUGAUGAAGUGAAACUUGGUUAAUUGUUAAGAUAGUCAUGGAUUUUUUUACAAGGAAUGGAUUUCACCCAGUAAU